ACGGCAAAAUAAAUAUAGAUAAAGACGAGUUAGUUAAAAAUAAUUUUUGUGUUUAUUUAAAAGUGUUGACACUUUUCAACCCCGUUCCCUAAUUCUGAAGUAACAAAACGUAUUUUUUCAAGUACGGAAGAAAAUCGGAAGUGAUGCAAUUACUUCUCCUCUUGAACCAUGCUUGAAUGGAGGUGACCUUACUUACUUACUUACUUACCAAAUUGUAAAGUAAAGAAAGUUGGGGACCCCGCGGGCAGGUGAGUCCGGUCCGGGUGUAAUAAACUUGUGGUGAAUAUCUAAGCGGACCUUGAAGGUGUUUCCAGAGUGAGCAGAAAUGGCAGAGGCUCAUCAGGCACGCGUGCAGAAUGUGAUCGAAGACAUGGUCCAAAGCCUGGAGAAGGACCACAUCCGUAAAAUGCAGGGGCGCAUGUUCAGGUGCAGCGCAGAGUGCUGCGAUCGCUCCACAGACAGCAUGGCUCAGGUGCAUCAGUGCAUCGAGACGUGUCACACUCCCCUGGCCAAAGCUCAGGGCCUGGUCACUUCAGAGCUGGAGAAGUUUCAGGACCGUCUAACUAGAUGUACGAUGACCUGCAACGAUAAAGCAAAGGAUCUCUUUGACUCCGGCGCCAAGGAGCCAGCUGUUCGAUCGCUGAUGGACCGCUGCGUGGGCAGUUGUGUGGAUGACCACGUUAACCUGAUCCCCAGCAUGACCCGACGACUAAAAGAGAACUUGGACUCUAUAUGGCAGUGAGGGGCAGGAUAAAAGACUGCAGUCCAUCCAGAGGAAAGCUCGGGGGCAUUGAGUUUAUUCAUCUAAGGAGUGAAGUGCUGGAAGUGCGGAGGGAGAGUUCAAAGACUGUGAUUAUUAAUGCUGAUGUGUAGA